GCUCGACGCGUUCAAUCCAUUUUGGUGCUCCUCGCGCGCUGUACUUUUGCCAUGACGUCACCACUCCAAACACGGAAGUGAAAGCGGCAAACAUGUCGACGGCAAGUUGCGUCUACAAACCCACACAGAGCGACUGUACUCCGUGUCCUUCCAGCAAGUAUGUGACCGUUUUGGGAAGCAGUACACAUGGGGACUGAAGUCGAAAGUGAUGGGCGCAAAAGCGUUGGAUGCAGCUCAAAUGAUCCGGGACUCGUUGGAGCUUCCAAUGACAGCCGAGGAACUUCUUGCUGAAAGCAGACAAAUACAAGAGAGGAUAUUUCCCUCUGCUAAACUCAUGCCAGGUGUGGAGAGGCUGAUGAACCACUUAAAGAAACACGGGGUCCCCAUUGCUGUUGCGACCAGCUCAGCAGGUGCGACCUUCCAAUUGAAGACGAGCCAGCACAAAGCCUUCUUCGCUUUGUUUGACCACAUUGUUCUUGGAGACGAUUCCGAGGUGAAGAAUUCCAAGCCCAAGCCGGACUCUUUCCUUGUUUGUGCCAGCAGAUUCAAGCCCCCUGCUUCUCCAGAUUCUUCACGGUCAGGGCGCAUUCCAUUGCGUCCUCAUCUGUGCCUCAUGACGAGCGUACCGCGAGUCACGCCCACAUGCGCUCUCUCAGCUGACAGCACGCUCGGACAUGCCCCUUCUCACGCUGAGAGCAGCACGCCCACGCAGCUACAAGCCUGCAGACGAUUGCCUUUCCACACACUUGGAAUUAAUGAAGGUGAGCUGCUUAAAAGACCAUUGGACCCAGGGAUCCUCGCAGGAACUUAGUUUCUCCUAUAGUGAACCUGUUUUCCUCCUGUUUUCCCUGGACUUCCACUGCCUCCCUCGUUCCUCGCUCGCCCCUGGACUCUGACGCCUCUCUCUCGCCCCUGAUCCUGCCUGCCCAAUGGACUUCAUCGUUCCUUCGCUGUCGUCAACACUUUGGUAACACACACUUCAGUUAAUCUACACACAUAGUCACACGCAUACACUCUUGGAUUUUGUCACACUCCAUUAUAUAGUUCAGUAGUCCAUCCAUUUUCUACCGCUUAUUCCCUUUUGGGGUCGCGGGGGGCGCUGGCGCCUAUCUCAGCUACAAUCGGGCGGAAGGGGGGUACACCCUGGACAAGUCGCCACCUCAUCACAGGGCCAACACAGAUAGACAGACAACAUUCACACUCACAUUCACACACUAGGGCCAAUUUAGUGUUGCCACUCAACCUAUCCCCAGGUGCAUGUCUUUGGAGGUGGGAGGAAGCCGGACAGAAAGAUCCCGAGCCUGGAUUUGAACCCAGGAUUGCAGGACCUUCGUAUUGUGAGGCAGGCGCACUAACCCCUCUGCCACCGUGAAGCCUCUUUUUUAUGUCCAUUAAGAUAAGUUCAGUAGUAUUCCAUCCAUCCAUCCAUCAUCUUCCGCUUAUCCGAGGUCGGGUCAAGUAGGGAAACCCAGACUUCCCUCUCCUCAGCCACUUCGUCUAGCUCUUCCCGGGGGAUCCCGAGGCGUUCCCAGGCCAGCCAGUUCAGUAGUAUUGUUUAUUAUUAUUAUAUAUACAUUGACUAUAUAUAUAAUACAUUUUUAAACAUUACUGCCACCUGGUGUCAGUCUGCCGUCAUCUCCACUUAGUAAACACAACACCUUCCGUUUUAAUGCUGUGGUGUCUUCACUGAGAAUCUUCAUUUCUUCUUUGGAUUUUGUAAAUUUCAUCAUAUCAUUAUGAGAUUAUUUUCUGUAUUCGACCAUCUGUUCUUGGAGAUCUGCAACAUCUUUUUGUACACCUGUUCCUGGAUAUUGUUGACAUCGCUUCGUGUCUUAUUUACAGUGUUUUGUAGAGUUCCCAUUAACACUUUUAAGUCCGGUUCCACGUCUGGUAACACUGUAUUGCACUGUCGACGACUCCCUGUCGUGCUCAUGGUUGUUUAGCAGCGUAGUAAAGCCGUUGGUGUUGGUAAAUGGCAAAUGGGUUGUACUUGUAUAGCGCUUUUCUACCCCUUUUUAAGGAGCCCAAAGCGCUUUGACAGUAUUUCCACAUUCACCCAUUCACACACACAUUCACACACUGACGGCGGGAGCUGCCAUGGCCGCUCACCAGGACCCAUCAAGAGCAAGGGUGAAGUGUCUUGCCCAAGGACACAUCAGACGUGAUUAGGAUGGUAGAGGGUGGGGAUUGAACCAGUAACCCUCAGAUUGCUGGCACAGCCACUCUAGCAACUUCGCCACGGCGUCCCCGUGUUGUCAGUUUCCGCAGCAAGCAGCAGUUCUAUGGUUUUAUUUUACGCACUUUUCAUUGGCCAGAACUGCAUCAGCCCUUUUUUUGGAUCCUUGAAUGGGUGAAUUAAAAAAAACAAUAAGGUGCAUA